AUGGCGCGGGACGGCGGGGCCGCGGCUUGUUCCGGCCCGUCGAGGACAUCCGCUUCCGGGGCCGCGGCCGUCGCGCUCCGGGGCUCGGCAGACCGGCUGGGAGACGCUCGGUACCGGGCUUCGACCACCACGGUCCUUAAAUACCGGCUGCCGUCGCUCCGCUGUGCAGCGUGCUCUCCGCCCACCAUGCUGGAACACCUGAGCUCGCUGCCCACGCAGAUGGACUACAAAGGGCAGAAGCUAGCUGAACAGAUGUUUCAAGGGAUUAUUCUUUGUUCCGCAGUAGUUGGAUUUAUCUACGGUUACGUGGCCGAACAGUUUGGGUGGACCGUCUACAUAGUGAUGGCUGGAUUUGCGUUCUCGUGUUUGCUGACCCUUCCUCCGUGGCCCAUCUAUCGCAGACAUCCCCUGAAGUGGUUACCUGUUCAAGACUCAGCCAUAGAAGAUAAGAAACCGGGGGACAGGAAAGUUAAGAGGCAUGCUAAAAAUAAUUGAUUGGGGCUUUCAUGAUUCAGCGCCUGCUUUUGUUUCCUGUGAGAUGAGUAAAAUGCUUUAAUAACCAAAACAUAACCUAAAUCCUAGUCUCUUACAGCCCAGCUGUGUAGAGAUUGAGUUCUCUGUUUUAGUUCUGACUCAGUUGUGUUUCCACUUGUAAAUAUUUUAUAUCAUCUCUUCAUAAUCCUGUUAUGAAAUUGAGAAAAUACAAAUAUGCAGUGUUCUUUUCAGGUAUUCGUGAAUAAAUGCCUCAUAACUGAUA